CCCCGCAAGAUGGCGUCCUUGCUGCAAUCGGAGCGAGUUCUCUACCUAGUCCAGGGAGAAAAGAAGGUUCGGGCCCCGCUCUCGCAGCUUUACUUCUGCCGCUAUUGUAGCGAGCUGCGGUCGCUGGAAUGUGUGUCUCACGAGGUGGACUCCCAUUAUUGUCCCAGUUGUUUAGAAAAUAUGCCAUCGGCUGAAGCCAAACUUAAAAAGAAUAGAUGCGCCAACUGCUUUGACUGUCCCGGUUGUAUGCACACUCUCUCCACUCGGGCAACAAGCAUCUCCACACAGCUCCCAGAUGACCCAGCCAAGACCACCAUGAAGAAAGCCUACUAUCUGGCCUGUGGAUUUUGUCGCUGGACAUCUAGAGAUGUGGGCAUGGCAGACAAAUCUGUGGCUAGUGGUGGUUGGCAGGAACCUGAAAAUCCUCACACGCAACGGAUGAACAAACUGAUUGAAUAUUACCUGCAGCUUGCUCAGAAGGAGAAGGUUGAACGAGAUCGCAAGAAACUGGCACGGCGUAGAAACUAUAUGCCUUUGGCUUUUUCGGACAAAUAUGGUCUUGGAACCAGGCUUCAGCGACCACGAGCUGGUACAACCAUCAGUACCCUUGCUGGACUUUCCCUUAAAGAAGGAGAGGACCAGAAAGAGGUAAAGAUCGAGCCAGCUCAGGCUGUAGGUGAAGUGGAACCUCUACCUGAAGACUAUUAUACAAGACCAGUAAAUUUAACAGAGGUGACCACCCUUCAGCAGCGCCUCUUACAGCCUGAUUUCCAGCCAGUCUGUGCUUCACAGCUCUAUCCUCGUCACAAGCAUCUUCUGAUCAAACGGUCCCUGCGCUGCCGAAAGUGUGAACAUAAUCUGAGCAAGCCAGAAUUUAAUCCAACAUCUAUCAAAUUCAAAAUCCAACUGGUUGCUGUCAAUUAUAUCCCAGAAGUGAGAAUCAUGUCAAUUCCCAACCUUCGCUACAUGAAGGAGAGCCAGGUCCUCCUGACUCUUACGAAUCCAGUGGAGAACCUCACCCACGUGACUCUGUUGGAGUGUGACGAGGGGGACCCUGAUAAUAUCAACAGCACUGCUAAGGUGGUGGUGCCUCCCAAAGAGCUCGUUUUAGCUGGCAAGGAUGCAGCAGCAGAGUAUGAUGAGUUGGCAGAACCCCAGGACUUUCAGGACGAUCCUGACAUUAUAGCCUUCAGAAAGGCCAACAAAGUGGGUAUUUUCAUCAAAGUGACCCCACAACGUGAGGAGGGCGAAGUGACCGUGUGUUUUAAGAUGAAGCACGAUUUUAAAAACCUGGCGCCCCCUAUCCGCCCCAUUGAAGAAAGUGACCAGGGCACAGAAGUCAUCUGGCUCACCCAGCAUGUGGAACUCAGCUUGGGUCCACUUCUUCCUUAAAAUCUCCCACUGGCGGGCAGAUCCCAAAGGACAGUAUCACCACGAACCCGAGUUAAAAUGUGGAAGCCGCUGCUUUGUUAGGCCUUGUUUAUAAUGAUGUACCCAUGCACUACUGAAUCCUGUUCCUAGGAGGGUGGGGGCAUAGGCAAGGCAUUAGGAACACAGGGUGACUGCUGUUCCUCUGGCUCUCUCUUCUGUUAGCACUUGUAAGUCUGACUCUGCCUCACUGAACCCUGCACGUUGACUCACAACAGCAUAGUUCCAUCCCAAGAAAGGGGGUGGCUGUGCCUUGGAGUGGCAUUCGAUUGACCACUUGAGAAACUGACCAUACUAUCUCCUGAUCUGAUCUCAUAAAGGAUCACAGUCUCACAGAUGAAACUUAAAAUAACCACAAGGUAGACCUGCUAUUGAUGACUCAGCGUUGGUCUCAGUGUACCAACUGCUUUUUGCACUCCACUAGGUAUAAUCUAGCUCUGUAAACAUAUCCCUUCACUUGCCAUCUUGGCUCCCAUCCACUUCACAGGAAAGUAGAAUUGUCACGUUGUCUUCAGUUUUGUGAUGAUUGGAAAAACCUGUGAAAUAGUUAAGGCACCUUCAUUUGCCCUCUUUUAAGUGAAUAUAGGAUAAUUAUUUAUUAAUUGCUCCUAAAAUUUUUUUCCCAGUAGAAUAUGGAACUUUUUCUUUUGGAAGAAUUGAGAAGCAAGCAAUCACAUGUCAUGUCGAGGGGGUGGCAAAUUCUACUCAUUUUAACUGUUGCCACAAUAUCCAGGGAUUGAUGCUGCCAUAGGGAGGCAGUCUGUGUCUUACUCCCUACCCUUUCUCCUCUGCUCUGCCUCUUUUUUUUUUUUUUUUUAAAGCUCUUCAUUGGAAUAUAAUUGCUUUACACUCUUGUACCAGCUUUUGAGGUAUGCCAAAGUGAAUCAGCUGUAUUUAUACACAUAUCCCCAUAUCCUCUCCCUCCCGUGACUCCCUCCCACCCUCCCUGUCCUGGCCCUCUAAGGCAUCACCCAUCAAGUUGAUCUCCUUUUGCUCUGCCUCUUUAACUCAGUAAGUUGUUCUGAGUAUUUGGGACCUGGAAAGAGCCCAAAGAAAACUUGGUGGACAAGUUCACUUCUGGAAUGCAGAAAACAUUUUAAAGGUUAGAUUUUUACCAUGAUCUGAACUAACGUUCUUUCCAUUGAUUUGAAGGGGAAAUUAACAUUUGUAAUCUCUUGAAUCCAAAAUUGGAUAUUAAGAAAAAGAACCUUCUCCCUUCCUGAGUUUAAGACUUUUAGCAUAUGGUUUAUCAAAUAAGACAUUUUUGACCGUAAGCCAUAAAAUAGUUCAGCAAGUAGCCCAGAAUACUUGCCUAACAGCACACAUGCUGUAUUCACUUGGUAUCCUGUAGUUGGGCUGCUAACCUUAAUUUCUGUGAUGUUUUCUAAAAUCAGACUUGACAAAGUAGACUGCCAGCUGCAUCACAUUUUCUGUAAAUGUAGUUAGCAAGUGGCCAACAGACUUUUGGGGAAAAGAGAAAUUUCCUGUUUACUCUGGUUUUAUUUUUAAGUUCAAGCCUUUAGUUUAAAAAAAAAAAAAAGAUACAUUUAGUAAUCUAGAAUACAGACAGGACAUAGUAACUUUUCAGCUCCCCUUGGAAGAUAAAAAUAUUUAGGAAGCCUUUGCAAGACACUAAAUAGCACUCUAAAGAUCAAGCCAAUAUUAUAAGAUAAUAUUCCACAGAGUAAUAUAUAUGCUGCAGUAUAAGAAAAAAACACUCAUAUCUCCAAUAUUGUGACAGUAAUAAGGCUUAGCCUCUUCGGAGUUGGGGCAGUGUGUUGUAUAAUGACAAAUUUGCAGACUAUAGAAAUAGUUUAACUUCUUGUGACCCCACAAAGUGUCAAAUUAAUUUUUAUUUCACUACUCACUACAGCCUCCUGUGACGCCAGUGCUCAGUAUUUGCCAGUGGAGAUGAGCCUCAAGGUAGAGAAUAGCUUCCUGUGUUUACACAUUUGCAUAGAUUACACACAGUUACGGGUUUAUGGCAUAUAGCUGGUGUUUAUUCCCAGAAAUAAUAAUGUUGCAGUAAUGGGUCUUAUCACCCCCAUGUGACACAGAAACACAAAAACACUUUUGAUCAUAGAAUUUUUUUCCUCAGAAGCCAAAUUAACUUGCAGAAUAACAGAGCCAUUGAUUUGAUGUUUCCUCAAGACAGUUUUCAGUGCAAGCUGGUACUUCUGUGUAUUAGUAGAAAUGGUUGAAUACCUGCAGCUGGUGAAUUUGGAAUUUUAUUUGUUUGUUUUUUAUAUUAGAUAAGGUGCAAGAUUUUUAAAGUAUAGUCAGUGUGCACCACUGCAGGCAAAUUCGAUGUCAUUACCACUAGAAACUACAAUUUUGGGAAGUUAAAGCUGUUAAUUUGAAUUUGUGAUUUGAUUAGCCCACCAGAGUUUUCUUUUGUUCAAGCUGUUUAUAGACUUAAUGAGCUAAAUGUCAUGCAUAUUUGUAAAGAAACAUCCUUUUUGGUCCCUUUUGGGAAUGAGAGGCACUCCUUGGUCUUAUGAAUGACAGGUUACUGUUUCACCUUAUUGCUUAACUUCGUGUAGUGAAAUAAAGCAGAAAAAGCUUGA